AUGGUUGAAAUUACUGAAAUUAUCGAAGAUCAAAACACUCAAGACGAUGUUGUUGCCGACGUCUUGGCUGAAGCUGUUGCUGAAACUGUUGCAAAAGCUGAAGAAGAAGAAGAAGAUGAUGACGAUGAGGGAGAAGCUUAUGCAUCCGAUGACGAAGAUUCUGAUUAUGAUGAUUUUGACGAAAAUGAAACUUUGUUUGAGAGAAUAGUUGCUUUGAAGGAUAUAGUUCCACCAAAACAAAGAAACGCAGUUUGUAAUGCAUUCUCUACCACUGUUAAUAUAGCCAAAUCUAUCUUUUCCAAAGGUGGUUCUUUAACCUGGACUAUUGCCACCAGUGCUCUAUUAUUAGGAGUUCCAUUAUCUUUGACUAUUUUGGCCGAACAACAAUUGAUUGAAAUGGAAAAAACCUUUGAUUUACAAAGCAAUGCCAAUGAUUUAUUAGGCAGUGCUCCACAACAACCAGUCCCAUCUCCAGCCGCCCAAUAA